CAGAAAUCACCAGCUGCUGAGAGACAGACAGAGAGAGAGACACACCGGAGGGAGGAGAGGACAGAGGACAGAGGACCGCUGUCUGAAGACUCUCAGUCGUCGUAUUGAUCGAAGGGGCUAUCCCACCGUGCCCCUGGUGGCCCCUCCCCCCGUCCUCAGGCAAAGCCCCCCCCAAACCCCUUGCCCUGUUGGGAUCAACCCCCCUCGUCCCCUACCUUCCCUCCUCUUCCUCCCUCCCUCCCACCCACCCAUCCUCCCUGUACUCCAACCAUCCUCCGCUGCAGUAAGAUCUGCCAACCACAUCUGCCAAGCUGUCGGACAUGUCAGGACCCGUGCCGAGCCGGGCCCGAGUGUACACCGAGGUCAACACUCACCGGCCCAGGGAGUACUGGGACUAUGAGUCCCACGUGGUUGAAUGGGGAAAUCAGGAUGACUUUCAGUUGGUGCGUAAACUCGGGCGAGGCAAAUACAGUGAAGUCUUUGAAGCAAUCAACAUCACCAACAAUGAGAAGGUGGUGGUGAAGAUACUAAAGCCUGUAAAGAAAAAGAAAAUCAAGCGUGAGAUCAAGAUUUUGGAGAACCUACGUGGAGGUCCUAACAUAAUCUCCCUCAUCGACAUUGUGAAAGACCCCGUGCGUGGCGAGCCCACCACCUGUGCAAGCUUAUCCAUUUCGCUUGCGAAGUAUGUGUCUUCCCGGACGCCCGCCUUGGUCUUUGAGCAUGUCAACAACACAGACUUCAAGCAACUGUACCAGACCCUGACAGACUACGACAUCCGGUUCUACAUGUACGAGAUCCUCAAGGCUCUGGACUACUGCCACAGCAUGGGGAUCAUGCAUAGAGAUGUGAAGCCACAUAACGUGAUGAUCGAUCAUGAACACCGCAAGUUGCGCCUUAUUGACUGGGGUCUGGCCGAGUUUUACCACCCGGGACAGGAGUACAACGUCAGAGUGGCCUCCCGCUACUUUAAAGGACCCGAGCUCCUGGUGGACUAUCAGAUGUACGACUACAGUCUGGAUAUGUGGAGCUUGGGCUGUAUGUUGGCGAGCAUGAUCUUCAGGAAGGAGCCCUUCUUCCACGGCCAUGACAACUACGACCAGUUGGUGAGAAUAGCGAAGGUCCUGGGGACCGAAGACCUCUACGACUACAUCGACAAGUACAACAUCGAGCUGGAACCUCGCUUCAACGACAUUCUGGGGAGGCAUUCUCGUAAGCGGUGGGAGCGCUUCGUCCACAGUGAGAACCAGCACCUGGUCAGCCCAGAGGCUCUGGAUUUCCUGGACAAGCUGCUGCGUUACGACCACCAGGCCCGGCUGACCGCCCGCGAGGCCAUGGAUCACCCUUACUUCUUUCCCAUCGUGAAGGAUCAGUCUCGUGUGGCCGGAGCCAACAUGCCCAGUGGGAACACAGCUGUUAGCUCAGCCAACAUGAUCACUGGUAUCUCUGCCUUGCCAGCCUCCACUGCCCUCGGCCCCCUCACUGGAUCGCCGGUCCUGUCUGCUGCCACCAACGUCCUGAGCACCCCGGUGCCCGCUGCUGCCGGCGCCCCGCAGUGACCUCCAACCCAAAUCCUCCCUCAUCACUCCCACCUCCUCCCCAGGCUCUCCCUCCUCCACCUCCUCCACCUCCACCCAGGGUAGAAACUAGACAGGUGCCACUCUGCCAGCCCUCACCCAACAUCCAACCUAACUCAGUGUGACCGCACCGCCUCGCCGGAGGACGCCGCCGCCGCCGUCUAAGAAAAAGAACGAUGCGUUUCCGUUCCUUUUUCCUCCUCCAACAAACUCGUUAACCUGACAUCUGAAAUGAAUGUUCUGUGUAACUGAAGUCUACAGGUACUCCUCUCAUUUCCCCACAAAGAGUGAGUGAGUGUGUUAGUGUGUGUGUGUGUGUGUGGUGAGUCUGAGAGCGAGUGUCGUCCACGCUGUGUUUCUAGUUUGGAUUGUGAUCAAUAAGUCCAUCAGCAGAAGGAAGGAGGAGGAGAUGCUGGCUAUCAGGACCAAAAGGAGCACAUCCUGUAUAGUUUACUACCGCGGCGCCGUCACAAACAGCUGACGAGCGGGAACGCCCUCCAGAUGCUCGGUGCUGUUCAGGUGUACGUGAACGCCCUCCAGAUGCUCGGUGCUGUUCAGGUGUACGUGAACGCCCUCCAGAUGUUCGGUGCUGUUCAGGUGUACGUGAACGCCCUCCAGAUGUUCGGUGCUGUUCAGGUGUACGUGAACACGAUAACACUUUCUCUGCCUGAGUAGUUCUGUCUUGCCUUUUCUUACCAAACCAGAUCACCAGUCUUCUUUUGAUACGCGCCUCUCCGUCAUCCGUUAGUUUGUUUUGUAUUGAAGCGUUUGUGGACCGCCGGACGAGGUUCAUCACAUCACGUUGGUUCGGUCCGCUCUAGCGUCGGAUCUCUUACGAAGCCAGGUAAGGUUCAUUCAGGUUCUACAAAGAAACGGUUUCUCAAAACGUGCUGCUUUUCCACUUCCUUGAAUUACUUCAAGACGUAACCAAAGUUUACUCCGUUGGUUGGAAGAAGAGACCGACCAAACCGUGUUGUGUUCAGGGGGAGUUCGUCACGGAGACGACGUGGGUUCUAGUAAAUAAGACGACAACAGGAAGUGCUGUCGGCGUUGGAGGAAAGCUCAGUUAUGUGUAGUGACACGAGUAAGACUGGCUUCCACCGACAUGUUGGUUGGAGGUGAAUAGCACCUGAAGGGUCCCCGGUGUUCUAGUGCCAGAACGUGUACGUUUUAGACGCUGCUGUACAUAACGCAUCUUUUCUUUUUCAUCUCAAAAACCUGACAAAUGCAAAUAAAUGGGAACAUGUGAACAUGGAGCAGAGCGGAGCUGUUUGAGUCCCUACAUCACUGUAUAUAUUUUUAUGUCCUUCUGUAGAAGACUAGUGUUUCAAGAGAUUUGUGUAAAUAAACACGUGUUUUAUUUAUCAGGUA